AUGGCCGAGGUGACCUUGGAUCAUGUCCUUCUGCCGCGCCUGUUUUUCCACGAGCUGUCCGACAUCUUCGAUGGCCACUGGUCGCAGGACUCGGUGCUGCCGAAAUCCCUGGAGCAUUCGGGCGCGAAGCAUUUGAAUCUGUGGACUGAAGAGGGACUGAAGCAACUGACCUUUGGCAUGGACAUGAAGAUCCCUUGGCAUCACGUCGAGACCGUCGAGUCCUGGAGCGGAGGACGCGGAGCCGGAGAGGCGAGUUCCAGAUUCGCGGUGAGUUCCAGUGAGAUGAUGAUCAACUGUACCGUGAGAUCCCUCCGAAGUACAAACCACUCUAGAUUACUGGAGAUGUCCUUCGAAAUGGAGGGCCCGGUGUUGCAACGCUUACGUCCCAAACUGCUGUUGCAGAUGGAACCGCAUCGCGAUGGCUUGGAGGUGUGGGUUGGAGGUCUGCUGGAGUGGAAGGCGAGGAUGAAGACAGGGGGAUGGUUCUUAGAAC